AUGGGCAGGAAGGAAGGGCUCCAACAGAAGCGGCUGCGCGCGUGGGCUGAAGCCGCGCAGGGAGAACGGAGCACCCCUGUGGAGGUCCCAGCGCAAAAGAAGCGGAAGGUAGCCAAGUCGAAGUACCAACGCGGGAGGGUCCUCAAUGUCGACCGUCUCAAAUCAGGGAAGGCGCUGAAGACCCGGCUCACCCACGGCGAGCACCUCAUUAGCGACGCGGUCUCUGAAGCAGCCGCUGUGGAUGAGUGGCUGAAGCCGUCGGCAUCGGGAUGCAUCGAGACAGAGGGCAAUGAGAAGACAUGGCGCGUAACUCAGAGGGAGAUCGUGGAGGAGGUUGAGGUUGGGGCCGCCAGGAAGGCAUUUGAUUUGAGAUUGGAGGACCUGGGCCCCUACAAGGUCGAUUUCACUCGGAAUGGGAGGUUCAUGGCCAUCGCCGGGCGCAAGGGCCACCUGGCGGAGUUUGACUGGCAAUCGGGGAAGCUGCGAUGCGAGGUGCAGGUCAGGGAGACGACGCGUGACAUCAAGUUCCUGCACAACGAGCUGUUCUGGGCGGUCGCCCAGAAGCAGUACGUAUACAUAUACAAUCAAGACGGCCACGAGGUGCACUGCCUGAAGAGCCACAGGCACCCCCUGUGCUUGGAGUUUCUGCCGUAUCACUUUCUCCUGUGCUCCACAGACGACAGCGGCAUCUUGCGGUACCAGGACACCAGCACAGGCCGCAUGGUGGCCAGCCUGCACACCAGGAAGGGGCCCGUACAUGUCAUGAAGCAAAACCCAUCCAACGCGGUGCUGUCACUGGGGCACUCCAAAGGGAUGGUGUCGAUGUGGACGCCUAAUAUGGACACAGCCGCUGUCCGGAUGCUGUGCCACAAGGGCCCAGUGACGGCUCUGGCUAUGCACAGAGGUGGACAGUACAUGGUGACGGCGGGGGCAGAUCGCGGGCUGAAGGUAUGGGACAUACGCACCUACAAAGCGGUGCAGACGUACAUCACCUUUGCCCCUGCCAAGCAUGUGAGCAUUAGCCAGCAGGGCCUGACAGCCGUGGGGUAUGGCAGAACGAUCGAGGUGUGGAAAGAUAUGUAUGCUCAAAAGCAGCAGCACCCUUAUCUCAAGCACAUGCUGGAGCUGGGAUUCGUGGAGAACUGCCAAUUCUGCCCAUAUGAAGAUGUGCUUGGAAUAGGGCACUCUGGUGGCGUGUCCACAAUGCUUGUUCCAGGGGCAGGGGAGCCAAAUUUUGACUCCUGGGUCGCCAACCCAUUCCAAUCCACGAAGGAGCGCCGGGAAAUGGAAGUCUCUCAGCUCUUGGGGAAGGUGCAGCCCGAGAUGAUCACUUUGGACCCCGAUGCCAUUGGGCGAGUGAGGUCACAGCAACAGGCCAAGGCAGCACAGGGGGAUGGGGAUGAGGGCAGCGAAGAAACCAAGGGGAAGGGAAUGGAAAAGGGCAAGAAGGUCAAGACCAGCAGGGGCAGGGCACAUCACGCCAAGCAAGAUGCUUUCUUUAGGGAGAAAGCCAAGCAGCUGAGUACCCAGGAGCAGCACCGCUCAUCAGACAAGCGUGCUGUUCAAAUUCCUGAUAACGUGCCACACAGUUUGAGACGCUUUUAUAAGGCAAACCGGCAUGCAGAUUGA